AACCAGGAGUCUACGUUAUCAAAGUACUGUAAAUUAUGUCUGAAUACAAUUGUUGCUUUAUUCGUGUAUACUUUUCGGAUAUGCAGAAUUAGUAUGUCUUUAUUCAUUGGUUGACUUUUAUGUUGGGUACCGUGAAUUGAAUAUUUAGCAGUUUCAGCACAGUAUCGAAUUAUUCCGUUUAUAAGAACUAUUCAUUUUAUUUGAAAAUAGUUUCGCUCAAUAAAUUGUGAUUUGUUUAUUAAGUGCUGAACACUAAGAAUCUAUCGAUUAAUUGUUCCAGUUUAACUGUACUUUGUGAUCAUUCCCAGUUUUUCUAAAAAUUAGUUUCGCUUCAUGAUAACAACUAUCUUUACGCAUGCUUUUCUCUUGAGGAUUGUUAACAUUAGGAUCGAAUUUUCAGUUACAAGCGAGAAAUUAUUCCUAUUAUAAUUAGGUUAGAAAUAGUUUCCUACUUAAUGUCAUAAGAUGGACCCCUGGCCUAUUGAGAAAUGAAUCUAAACGUUAGACGACUCAUAGGGUAUUUGGCAGUUUGGUCCGGAUUUGAUGAUUUGUAUAAAUAGUGAAUUGGGCAGCCUAUGCUCCUCUACGAGGGGUAACAGGCGUAAAUAAGUAAGUAAUAAAUAGUGAAUUAAAGUAUAUUGUAAUGUAUUAGGUCCUUUUAAGUUAUUUCUUUGUUUAGUAGUAAUAAAACGAGACUUCUUUUGUGUUAACCCAAACUGAAGUUCACCUUUCUAAUCUAUUCCUUUUUAUAAGUCAUAAAUGUUAUUUUUUGUUAGUAACAAAUAAUUUUACAGCUGAUCCAUGUGUUUUGUGAUAGAUAGUUUCUUUUUUGUUGUUGUGCAUUUAUUCGACACUUAGUUUGUAUAUUUGCGGUAUUUCCUCUGUAUUCGGUGUCAACUAUUCCCUAUCGUUUUAUCACCAGUUUUUUAUGACUAAUUUCGGCUUUCAUGUUUAUCUGUUGUGUGUACAUAACUGGCCACCUGCUUUGUUUUUGAACUCUGAGUUCCAUUUCGAUUAUGUAAACGCAUUCAAAUGUAACUUGUAAGUAGUCGGGUGUUUUUGGGAGAUACACCAUGUGUUUAGCGUUUGAAAAAUUUUCACUGUUAGUACUAAUUAAAUUUAUAAAACAUUGAUUGCUUCCAUAUACUAAAUGUUUAACUCUGAGAGUAGUUUUUUUGUUAUAACGUAGAGCUGUUCACUUUUCUCUUUCAAACUAAUAUCUUUCUCUUCUUUGCUGACUAUCUUUGAACUUUGUUAACUUCUUCCUUCUGUGGUGUUAUGAAAUGAGAGCUUUAACUGAUUUGUUUUCUGUGAAAUUCUAUCCUUUCGGUUAAUAAGCAAACUCUAAAGUGUAGAAUGUGAUGUCAUCUCUAAAAUCCAUAUUUAAUAUCGAGUGUCAAUGUUUAAAAAUUUUUGUACGCAGCAGAAAACUACAUUUUGCUUCCAUUAUUGUCGAUCAGUUAGUUCAUCAGUCCCUAUCUUUUCCGUUUAGUCGGACAGCGCUCAAGUAACUGUCGAUUGGAAUCCAGCCAAGAAGAGCUUAUUUCUCUUUCGAACUUAAUGCUGUACCUACACCAGAGGGUCCAUGGGAAGUAGCAGUGGAGUACACAGAUGCAAGAAGAUUAAAUCGCUCUGGUUUUUUAUGCUGACAACGUGAGGUCAGAUUAAUGAUCGUACUUGGAUCUUGUAUGUGCUUUACGGAGACGCACCAUAUAUCGACGACGCGAGAUUCUUCAGUUCUUGCUAAGGAAGCCCGUUGUCGUAUUUGACACAAUGUUCAAACAUCAAAAGCUCCAACAUGCAGUUUAGAACGUGGUUUCAGGAGACGAGGAAUAACAUUUCGUGAACUUGAAUCAUUAUCACUGAUGGCGUUUGGUGUUAAGGAUAUAUAUGGGUUAGUCGUGUAGAUGGAAGAAUUAUUAAGAAGUGAGGGAGGGAUUUUAUCGUCAACAGGAUGAUUUCAGUUGCUGGUAGAGGUAUAAGGGUGGUUAUCGCUUCUCGGUUACCAACACUGUGGAAGGAUAUUUCUUUAGUGGUCUUAAAAGGGGUGGAAUUAGCGGUGGCCUUAACGACCUUGAGAAUGAGCGCGAAGCCCAAGAAACAACCGCUCAAGGCUGGUCGCACACGGCUCUUAUGGAGUUUUUGAUGCAUUAGCUCCUCAUUUCACAAGGCGUUACCGCUGGAGACGGAAACCCAUAGGAUCAGGUGUGACAUUUUUGGGCUCGACCUUUUCUAAUCCCUUCUUUUCUUUGAGAGAAAAUGGCAUUGCUUCAGAUACUGGUCGUUUGAAAGAAACACCUUCUGCACACCCCUCUACAGUGAGCAGUACGACUUCUUCCUCAAUCCUUAAGUUACCACCUUAAUAAUAAUCUUUCUUAUUUCAUUUGUUUAACUGACGACAGUCGUCUCAUCUCCAUUUAUAGUCAUAUAGAAAUUACUGUAUUUCACUAAUUUUCUAUGACCGUAAAUAUUCUGUUUUUUUUUGCUGUCAUGAAAUUGUUUCUUUACGAUGGAUAUUUCUUCAGGGGUCCUACAUCUAUUGGUAGUUCAACCAUAGAGGCAAUCACUCCUAGUCCCAGAUUAAAAAAUACGGGCCAUAUUCGAGGUCAUAAAAAUAGUGAAAACCCAUUCGCACUCAAUUUAAUCUCUGAACGCACCAUGUUUUUCAAUGAAAGUAGUUUCGGGAAUGGUCCUAUCACUGCUGGGUUGAAUCAGAAUUUUAUGGGCUCAGCAGAUCGUACGUUAAAUAAUUGUCCAACGAUUUGUUCAAAUAUCAACUCUAGUUUGUGUACUACGAGUUCAUUAUCUCCGAGUAAUCCAGUUGGGGGUGUAACUACAAAUUUGUCCAAUCCUAAUAUAGUUCUUGGAAGUCUGUAUUCUACUGAUCCAUCAUUGCAGGUUCCUUCUACUGAAUCCCCUUUAAUUGGAAAUUUAGGGAUUUCAAAUAUAGAAGGUAUUCCAGCCAAUGUAUUACUUAGUCUUUUACAUCAACAAACUCAAGCUCUUCAACGUAAAAUCUACAUCAAGUUAGACCACAAUAUAUUUAUUGGAGCUGCAUUUAAUUUAUCCCCGUCUGAUAUUGAAACCAUUGGACUUAUUGAAGAUACUGAAGAUUGUAAUACCAAAAGUUGUGAUAACGAGUUAUCACGGACAACUAUGAUUAGUUUCACUGUUGGUUUUUUGAUGGAUUCGUCGGCACCUCCAUCUGUAUUGUCUUAUCUUACUGAAUUAUCCAGAUUGAUCGGUUCUCAAGUAAGACGUGCAGAAUUAGUGUUUAAUUACCUUAGAGAUCAAAGAGAUAUUAUUGUUUCUACUCUAGAGAAAUAUUCUUAUGCUGAUACUAAUUCAUGGUCCGGUAACUCAACAACAGACUACAACACAAAUAAAUAUGGACCAGAUAACUUAAACUUUUCCAAGUCAUCUCAAUUCUUUUCAAAUAAACGUUAUAUCAAAAUCGCAGAAAGUUCUAAUUCUGAUAGAGAUACUAAUUUUGUUAAUUCUGUCAUGGAUCAAGACUGCAAUGAAUCUAAGCUACCAAAUGCGUUAAAUGCAAAUCAAUCAAUCAAUGAAAAUAUAUCUGCAAAUAACUCUUAUAAUAAUUCUGAUGAUUUUCAUGAUAAGAUAAAUGACGUAACUACAAUGAAUCCACUUGAGAAAUUAGUUCAAAUAUCAUCUUUAUGCGCUGAACUAAAAAGCAUACUUGAUUCAGUUUGUAAAACAGGCCAUGUGAACGUUAAAAUAAACAAGAUUUAUCCAGUCUGUUUCUGUCUACCACACAAAGCUUAUUGUUUAAACAAUAAUGAUGGAAUUUCUAAGUGUAUAGUCGCUGUUCGACCAAUGGCUAUUUGGAAUGCAAUGGAUAAAAUACGCCCAUAUCAUGCUUUAAUAUUACUACUGCGUAAAAGUGAUUUACUCAGAGAUUAUCUCCCAACUGACAUUAAUCCAACACUGAAAGACUUCAUAAGUGCUUUAUCGCCAACAAUUAGCUUGUAUAAUUUGGCACAGCGGUUUCAUUCUCAGUCACAUUGUUUGAAUUUAGCCUUGUGGUUAAUUUAUCGUGGUCAUGCAUUGAUUGUUUAUCCAAUUGUCGCUAAUAAUAUGUAUAUUCUUGCACCUCAUUCUAAAGCUUGGUUCACACCUCAAUUAAUUGGUCAAUUUGCAACAUCGUUUCCUGAUGUCAACUUUGCUGAGCUUUUAACAUCGUUUUCGACAAGUUUUAUACUAAAAGAUCAUUUCGAUUCAUCCAAUUCUAUCGUUGACAACCUUCAUUAUGAUGGGGAUUCGGAUGUUGUUCGUAAUCGAUCUUCAAAGACAUCAUGGACAAACUUACCCUUAACGGAAAAAAUAAAUUUGAUUGCUUGGCUACUUCGACGUCGGCUCAUAAUACAAGUUCAUCUCUACAUAUUCCCGACAUUUUUAUCCAAUAACAAUGUAAGUGAAACGAAUAUGUUCAAUGAUAUCAAGAAUAUUUCAAAACAUUUUGAGGGUGUACAUAUGUCCAAUAAUAGUGUUAACAGUACAAUACACAGUAGUAGUAAUAGUAGCAGUGAAUACGACAGUGAUGAAACCACAUCAGAAGUAAAAGGUAGUAAUAAUUUAGAAGUCGAUUCCACUAUUUUUAAUCUUGAUGAAUUGUGUAAAAAAAUACCAAAAGAUGUCUUAUGUGAAUUAACCAAUAAUUUACCUGUUGAAUCUCAACAAACAUUACUUCUAUCUAUUUUGAGCCAUCCUGGAGCAAUACAAAAUAUCUCACUUCUUCGAUUAUUUGGACGAAUUUUACCUCAUCUUCCAGCUCACUUAGAAGAAAUUAUGUUUAAAGAACAAAUAAAACGAUCCACUCUAGUUGAAUGCAUUGAAAGAUUUGCCCCAUUCUUGGCCACAGCCAGACUUCCAGAUCCUGUCACGUCUUGUUUUGCUGGAAUACCAUGGCCGAACUAGUAUUACUCGUUUAUUUAUAUUCAGUCUGUGUAAAAACAAAAUUUGAAACGCAUCACAUUAAAAUCUGAACUCAAAGUUUUCUUAUUCGCCUUAAUUCCAUCGUUUGUUGUCAAAAAAUGUACAGCUAAGUUCUAUGCAACAAUUUUAUUUGACCUCAUCGUACAAUUUUGUAUCAAGUGUUUUCCUACGUUAUAAUCCCCACUUGACGCAACAAUAAAGACAAAUCUCACAGUCAAACUACCUUAUCUGAAAUUCAUUAAUUUCGGUUUACUAAAGUAUGCUCGAAGAACAUUAUUGUUCUUGCAAAAGUUAUAUCCUUACACAUCUUGUUCCAUAUGACUUGGUAACAUAAUUGUAAUGAAUAUUAGUCUAUUGUUUACUUGUGAUAUCUACUUUAUAAACAUAUACAUACAGUUUUAAAGUGUUUAGAUGUACAUCCACCUUUUUUAUAUUAUCAAAGAAUACUUUUAAUAUUUGUUUUGCUAAAUCGUUUUCUAUGUUUAUACAUCGUAUUCAUAAAUUUAUUUAAUUAGAAAACAUUUGUUCAUUGGAAUUUAUGAAAACAGAAUCAUUUUAUGGAUGAAAGAAAUUGCUUUGUAAAGAAAAUACCUGGUCUGAUUGAUUUUCUUCAUAGUCCAUUAAUAUUGGUUUAAAUCUUUAAAAUGAAAGAUUAUACUUUGUUUUUGAUGCUCUCAUUGGAUUCGAUACAAGUAGUUGUCAAGUGAUAAGUCUUAAUGGUGAUGGUUUUUUCCGGAGCUUUACUUUCUUCUUAAUUACUUCAGUGUGUGAAAAAGUCCAUGCUACUAAUUUGUUUGCUAAUUUAAAAAACUCUGUAUUCGUAAAUGUCAUUUUACGAAGAGAAUAAUUACAAUGGAAGAAUUAUUAAGUAUACCUGGGCGUAUUUAAUGUAUUCCAUCUUUGGCUACGAUAUUUGCACUUAAUGUAACUGACUUCAUGCCACAGUUCGUGCAUCGACGUUGCUACUAACACUUGAUUGUCAAGGAAAACAUAGUAACAGGCGAAUCUUAUGAAAAGCUCUUUUCUUAAAGUAUAUAGUACUUGCUCCUUGUUCUUAUUUUUGGACAGUUUAGAUGACCGAAUUAUCUCAAGGUAAGGAGCAUAACUUCUAUGCAUCAUUCAAUCCGUUUGUCUUAUAUACCUUUCGUUAUUGGCUUCCAUUGUUUUACGCUAAGUUAUCUGUUUACUGUUCAAAUCCAGAACUAUUCCACUCAAAGCUCUUUAGUCGAUUGUAUUGAAAGUAUUGAAUAUCAAUUAUUCUGCUCCUAAUAUUACACUAUUGAGCAAUCUAUAAAACUAGUUGUGUUUAAUUCAUACAAGAUUUAGUGAUCAGGGUACAAGAAUUAAUUUUAAUGAGGUAAUUGACUCUGUAGUCACGUAUAGAUUGAGAUAAGCAUCGAAUUCAAAUACAUUCAAUCUUAUUUCAGUAGAGAAGCAAGAGAUUCUGUUGUUUGACGUUUUGAAAUUAUAGAACUGUGUGUUCUCCACUCUGAUCCAUUUAGAGAUUCUUGAAACCCAUAUAAACUUAGUAACCAAUUUUUCCCAACACAGGUAACUGGUAGUAAGAUAAAAACUACCAAGUAGAGUAAAAUGACGCUAUUAAAGAGCAAAAUUGCAUUCUUUUACUCAUCGUGAUUUUUGUUCACUGUUACAUCCGUUUCAAUUCAGUGUGAUGAUUAUUCAGUGUAGUAUUUAUUUUGUUUUCCAGUGUGAUAUUUUGUUGGGUAUAACAUUAAUUUGUUUGAGUAUCAUGUAAGAUACGAUAUUCUUGUAUUACGUUGACGUGAUCUAUGCUUAACAUGAUAAUGCCAAAAUGAUUUGUUAUAACCCUGGGUACUUUUCAUGCAUGUGAUUCCAUCCUAAUUAAUAAUCAAAAUGAGUGUAUUUCUGACUAGGGUUGUCAUCGUGUUUUUGGGUUAAUAAAUCUUCACUUGUAACA